AUGUUGCAUCUACAGCGUGCCGCGGCUCUCUGGGCAUCCUGUAUCGCCCUUUCGUGGUCGGUCGCUGCCAGCCCCGUUGCCAGCAGCAAUGUCGAUGCGGCGCAGAUUGAUCUGAGCGGCGCCUCGGAUCAGAAGAGCAGCCUGCCCGCCGUCUGGCCCCCUCCGCAGCAAAUCGCCGCCUCCGGUGCCUGCGCUGUUCGUCUCAGCAGCGACGUUACGAUUGUCACUGGCAACGCCACCGACUCGCCCACGAUCAAGGCUGUUCAAGCCAUCGUCGCUGGUGCCGGCGGCAAGGCUACCGUCUCAACGCAAGCCUCCGACAAGGGAACCCAGAUUUUUAUUGGCACCGAUUCCGACAAUGGCGCCGCCGCCGCCGCCGCAAAGGCGCUCACCGGUGACUCCGCCAAGGACCUUACCGCCGAAGGCUACGUGCUGGGCGCCGGCAAGUACAACGGCCACCCGACUGUUGUGCUGAAUGGCGUCGAUGACCGCGGUACCUUUUAUGCCGCCCAGACCCUUCGCCAGCUUGUCAACAGCAAGCGCGGCGUCCCCGGCGUCAAGGUCCGCGACUGGCCGCUGAUGCCCAUUCGCGGCUCCAUUGAGGGCUUCUACGGCAUCCCGUGGUCGCACCAGGCCCGCAAGGACCAGUACGUCUUCUACGGCCAGCACAAGAUGAACACCUACGUCUACACCCCCAAGGGCGAUCCGUAUCUGCGCGCCACAUGGCGCGAGCUUUAUGGUGGCGAUGAUCUUGACCAGCUCAAGGAUCUCAUUGAGACGGCCAACGCGAACCAUGUCGACUUUACCUAUGCCCUCUCCCCCGGCCUGGACCUCUGCUACACCUCCGACGCCGACUUCAACUCCACCGUUUCCAAGUUUGAGCAGCUGCGCAAGCUUGGUGUCUCCAGCUUCUACAUUGCGCUGGACGACAUUCCUCUAGAGUUCCACUGUGACUCGGACAAGGCAAAGUAUCCCAACAAGGGCGACUGGCACUGGAUCGCUGACGCUCAAGCCUACUACCUCAACCGCGUACAGAAGGAGUACAUCAAGGCCCAUGAAGGCCUCACCGAUCUGGAGACUGUUCCCACAAACUACGCCGGUAGCGCUCCCGACCCUUACAAGGGCGAGUUUGGCAAGCAGCUGGACAAGGACAUCCGGGUCCAGUGGACCGGCGAGGGUGUCUUUUCCGACAAGAUUACGGUUGAGAGCGUCGUUCGUGCCGACUCCACCUAUGUCACCGACAAGCUCUUCAUCUGGGACAACUUUCCCGUCAAUGACAACAAGCCCUUUCGCCUGUUCCUGAACCCGCUGACCGAGCGCGCUACGGACCUGUACAAGCACAUGAUUGGCUUCACCUCCAACCCCAUGGUGCAGUCGUAUGCUUCCCUGAUUGCCCUGGGCAACUACGGCGACUACUCGUGGAACAGCCCCGCCUACGAGGCCCAAGCAUCGUGGGCUGCCGUCAUCCAGGAGCUCGCCGGCAAGGACGAGGGCGUCCACAAGGCCCUCCUCGCCUUUGUCGACAUUAACCAAAACUGGCCGUACCGCAACAGCACCGAGAGCGCGCCCCAGCUCAGCAAGGACAUUGAUGCUUUCUGGGCCGCGCGAAAGUCUCACGAUGAGCAGGGCAGCAGCGCUCUCGCGGCACGCCUCGAGCUCAUUGCCAGCACCUCCGAUGUGCUCCCCGGCAUGGCCAUGAAGCCGUUUGCCACCGAGGUCGCUCCGUGGUCCGCGGUCGCCAUGCAGUGGGCCAAGGCCAGCCAGCACAUGAUUUCGAUGCUGGCGGCUAUUGACGCGGGAGACAAGAGCAAGGCCGACGAGGAGUACAAGGCGGCCCAGGAGUGGGUGGAAAAGACAAAGGCAAAGACUGUGGACAGCCUGGGUGACGACGGCAAGGUUGUCCCCAAGUCUAUUACCCCCACCACCGGCGACGGAGUCUUUGACGCGUUCAUUGCCAACGCUACGACCAUUUACAAGGGUCAGUAG